AUGGCGUGGGCGUCGACGCCCAAGGUCGUCCUCGGAUGCUUCGCCUUCGGUGUCUUCUGGAUCAUGGCGGUGGUGCCCGUGGUGCCGUUCUUGCCGAUCGGGAGGACUGCCGGGUCGCUGCUCGGCGCUUGCCUCAUGGUCGUCUUCCAGGUUCUCUCGCCGGCCGAGGCAUUCGCGGCCGUGGAUCUGCCGAUUCUGGGGCUCCUCUUCGGCACCAUGGUCGUAAGCGUCUAUCUGGAGAGGGCCGACGCGUUCAAGUACCUGGGCCACGCCCUCUCGUGGCGGAGCCUCGGCGGCAAGGAUCUACUAUGUCGGCUUUGCCUCCUCUCGGCGCUGUGUAGCGCGCUCUUCACCAAUGACACCACCUGUGUCGUGCUCACGCAGUUUGUUCUUGAGGUAUGCAGAGAAAAGAAGCUCCCCCCUCAGCCCUUUCUGAUUGCUCUUGCUUCCAGUGCCAACAUUGGCUCCGCGGCCACCCCGAUCGGCAAUCCACAGAACUUGGUGAUCGCCGUGGAGAGCAAGAUCGCGUUUGGCAAGUUUUUGGGUGGGGUGGUGCCGGCCAUGGUCCUGGGACUCAUUGCAAACACGCUGCUCUUGCUGGCUUACUACUGGAAGAAGCUGCGAGGUGUGGACGAGGACGCUGAGAGUAGUGACAUCUCGAUCAAACUAGAGCAGCAGCGGCCGGAGAUGGAGCUGCUCAAUUCUGGAUUGAGCUUCACUCAAGAACAACGAAUCCAGCAGCAAGAUCAUCGACAAGAACCAAAACAGCAGGACAGUUCUUACCAAACUCCAGACCUGGAAGGACAAGCAGCUGAUACACCCGACCUUGGAAAGAGUGUAGCAGCAUCUACUAGCACACCCGACGGACAAUUGACGCAAGAAGCUGGAGCUCCUCCGCUGCCUAGAUCAAUUUCGUCGUCCCGCCACCUUCAACGCCCGUCGCUCAUUGCCAUCAACGAGAUCCUGCGGCUAGAGCCGAGAGGUUCUGGGCACUUCCAAGCAAGUCUCACUCGGUUUCAAAGACUCCGGAAGAAGGUCUGGAAGGUGUCCGUGUAUCUGGUGACGAUCGGCAUGCUGGUGGCGUUCCUUUACGGCUUGGAUCUCUCAUGGACGGCCAUCACCGCGGCGAUUGUUCUCAUGGUGUUGGACUUCACGGAUGCUAGUCCGAGCCUCGACCAGGUAUCAUACUCCCUGCUGGUAUUCUUCUCGGGGAUGUUUAUAGCAGUGCGUGGUUUCAACCGGACUGGCGCUCCUGGACAACUCUGGGACGCCGUCGAACCACACGCUCGCAUCAACACGGCUGCUGGAAUUGCAAUUCUGUCCGCGGUGGUAAUCCUCCUCUCCAACGUUGCAUCAAAUGUGCCUACAGUUCUUCUCUUGGGUGCUCGAGUAGCAGCCUCGGCCGCCGCAACCGAGGGAGCGAGCGUGAAGAAAGCGUGGCUGAUCCUCGCCUGGGUGAGCACCGUGGCUGGAAACUUGACGCUGGUUGGAUCGGCGGCCAACAUAAUCGUGAGCGAGCAGGCCAGCAGAAUGGAGGAGCAUCCAUACAAUCUCUCCUUCUGGAAUCACUUGAGAUUUGGAGCUCCUGCAACGUUCAUCGUCAUCGCUGUUGGCCUCCCACUCAUUCAAGGAUGAGAA